AUGUUCCGGCUGACCACUCCUUCUCCUGUCCUCCCCCUCUUAGCCUACCAUCCAGAGUGCUCAUCCUCAGCUACGACACCUUCACCACUAGUUCUCCUGCGCUGCUUUCGACCACAUGCACUGAGACUUCUUUCUGUUCUCCAGCUCCCUACUGCCACCGACUCUCCCAUCACCCUUACCUCCAACGCGAUCACCUGCGUCCCCAACCCCGCCAUUCCCCCCACGCCCCUGAGUUUCACCCCCGUCUCCUUGACGCUUUCCUCCUGUCACUUCUCCCUACCUCCCAAUACACUUCCGGGGAGCAACAAUUCACCACCCAGUACCCCCUCACUCCUUUCUGACCUGCUCCUGCGCCGUUCCAACGACGCCUACUCCCGCACACUUGCCUCUUUCCAUAUCUUGACGCUGGCAUUCCUGCCUCCCCGGCUGUACCCCCCCCUCCGCACCCAGUAUUCGCCACCAAACACGGCGCCUUAUACUUUCCUGCGCUACCCGGCGGGCGUACUCGUCUCGGCGUCCGUCUCUGGUCUCGCACGCUCACCCGUGUGCGCUGUGUCAGGGCCUAUUCUCAGCACACCACCCUAUCAGUUGUCAUGCACGCACACAUUGCACGUUCUGACCGAACCCGGGGGGGUGCUCACCCAAACGGCGACUCUGGAGCUCACACUCUCAUUCUCACCGGUCCGGUGGGACGUCGCGCGCUGUUUGACGCCCGGCCCCGCCUCCGGCACUUCAACCCGAUACGACCUCGAUCACUCCGGUCUACCGGCUACUUUCGUCACUCCUCCCGAUCCCCCGCCACCUUUCACCCUCUCCUGUUAA